CCACAAGAUCCAAUUCUCUUCUACCACCGCGACCGCCCAUACUUUGAGUUCACGAACUUCGCAUCGUAUGCCGUUGACUGGGAUGGCCAUACAUACCCAACCGCAGAACACUUGUUUCAAGCACACAAAUUCAUGACGACCAGACCAGAGCUGGCCGAGCGAAUCCGCCUCCUCCCCAGCCCCCGUGCUGCACUCGAGGAGGCGGGGCGUCUUCGCAGGCUGCAGCGCACAGACUGGUUCAACGUCAAUAUCAGCGUCAUGGAUGCAAUUCUCGAGGCGAAGUUCACGCAGCAUCCGACAUUGAGGGACAUGCUUCUCGGGACCGGCAACAGCGAACUCGUCGAGGACAGUCCGGUCGAUUCGUUCUGGGGGUGGGGCCGUGAUAGGCAAGGAAGGAAUGAACUCGGCAAUGCACUCAUGCGACUGCGCGACAAACUACGGCACGACCAUUGA